UUGACUUGUUUGACAUGAGACUCGUUAUUUUGCCGAGCUAUGACGACGCCAGCACGUGGGCUGCUAAGUACAUCAAGGCAAGGAUCAAUGAAUUCAAGCCCGGUCCUGAGAAACACUUCGUACUCGGACUACCGACAGGAUCUACUCCUAAAGGAUGCUACAAAAAGCUAGUCGAGUUCCACAAGAGUGGUGAACUAUCAUUCAAGUAUGUUACAACAUUCAAUAUGGAUGAGUACGUGGGCUUGCCACGAGAUCAUCCAGAAAGCUACCACUCUUUCAUGUUGGAAAACCUUUUCAAACACAUUGAUAUCAACCCACAAAAUGUUCACAUGCUUGAUGGAAAUGCACCAGAUUUGAUUGCAGAAUGCGAUGCAUAUGAAGAAAAGAUCAAAAAAGCCGGAGGAAUCCAUCUCUUUCUAGGAGGAAUUGGGCCUGAUGGCCAUAUUGCAUUUAAUGAGCCAGGAUCUUCCCUUUCGUCACGCACUCGAGUAAAGACAUUGGCAAAAGAUACUAUAGAGGCCAAUUCUCGUUUCUUUGGUGGUGAUGUUAGCAAAGUGCCUACACAAGCAUUGACAGUAGGCGUAGCAACAGUUAUGGAUGCUUAUGAGGUCAUGAUAAUGAUUACUGGUGCACAUAAGGCAUUUGCCUUGUACAAAGCCAUUGAAGAAGGUGUCAGUCACAUGUGGACUGUAUCCGCCUUUCAACAACAUCAGCGAACUAUAUUUGUGUGUGAUGAAGAUGCUACUCUCGAAUUGCGUGUGAAGACAGUCAAAUAUUUUAAGGGUCUCAUGGAUUUACACAAUAAGCUAUUGGAAGAAAAGGACGGAGAUGAUGAACCAUCAAGCAAGAAGGAAGGCAAAUAGACAAUAUAUUAUCUAUGCCAAGACUCCAGCUGCUUUACUUAUGUGUAAAAUAUUUAAUUGAAAGAAUGAUGUGUUGUUAUGCAUAUAAUCAUACAUCUAUUGUGCAGGCAAUUCCUCGAGAUACCAAAAUGUCGCUUGAAAAUAUA